AUGCUAGAUCGUUGUUGGAGGCGAUCAGGAAAGCUCCUAUAUCGCCCCAAUCAGCGAGCAUCCUGUUGUCCUCAUUACACCAUUCGUCUAGAUUCGGACCAAUUUUACCCAACAAGGGGUCAGCGCCAAACCGUUAAUCGCUUCAACAAAUAUGUUUUCGGCGAGGCUUAUGCUAAGCAAGCCGCUCGUCUGUAUCCAAGAUCACGCGAAGAGACCAAAAAGCGUGAUAAUGAGUUUUGCCUAACAGAGCGUAUACACGAGGCUGAGCUAAGUCGAGUCAAGAUACCGCCUGAGCCAGCACACAAGUGGGUAGUUACCCUUGAAGAAGACACUUUUACUGAGGAAAAGUAUCUCGUUUAUGAUAACUACCAGAGAGUUGUCCAUGGAGAUGAACCCGGUGAAAGGACGAGGCACUCGUUUGAACGUUUUCUCUGCAAUUCGCCCCUGCAGCGUCAGGUCAUGGUUGGGCCUGAUGGACGGCAACGCCGCUUAGGUUCCUACCACCAAUGCUAUCGCCUAGACGGCGUCCUAGUGGCUGUUGGUGUACUUGACCUGUUGCCGCAAUGCGUCAGCUCUGUUUACUUCCUUUACCAUGAAAGCGUUCAUGCAUUUGCUCCUGGGAAACUAGGUGCCCUUUAUGAAAUAGCUCUCGCCGUUGAGGAGGGCUACCGAUGGUGGUAUCCUGGAUUCUACAUUCACAGCUGCCCCAAAAUGAAAUACAAAAUCGACUACGGCCCUCAGUAUAUUCUCGAUCCGGAUAACUUGGACUGGAGGCCUCUCGACAAGGCUGUUCUGGAUAUUCUUGGCAGGGACACUUAUACAAGUUUCUCGGCAGUCUUGGGGGGAAACGGUUCUAAUAGUACAUCUGAGAUGCGCUCUGCAGUCUCCACAGGCAUACCCUCCAGUGGAGCUUCCGAGACGCCCAUGUCUUUGGAUGAGAGCCCACAGAGCCCGGAGGAUGCCAACUCGGACGAAGAGGACGACGAGCAGGUCGACGAAGUGUACGACUCUUUGUUCCGAUCCAAAAUGCCAGGCAUCCCUUCUGUCGCCACCAUGGAAAGUUUAGACCUGGACCACAUUAUUCUCAGAAUCUUUCCCACAGGCCCGUUGUUUGAGACAUCGGAUCUAGUUGGCUGGAGGCACAGCAAUAUCAGACAGCCGUCGGGCAUCAGGCACAGUAUUGCACAGCUGAUUGCAGCAUUAGGACCUGACUUGAUGGGUGACAUAUGUCUAGAUCUAGUGCGCCGGCAACUCUAG